CAACUUGGAGAAGUGUAUCCAACUCGUCGGAAGAAGAAUCCCUUUCACCCUUGGAGAAGAAAGCCAAAGUCAAGUUGCACAUGUCUGACACGGUGCAAUCGAGCGAAGAAGACGAAACCGCCGCUGCCGUGGAGUUGGCUAAUUCUGUAAUGCCGAAGCUAGACCUUGUUCUGCAGAAGUUAGACAACAUGGAAAAGAAAUUGGACAUCCUUGAGGGUUUUGUGAAAGUGGUCGAUGGAAAGGUUAACAAGUUACAGGAUAAAGCUGAGCAGUUUGAAAGCUUCAGCAGGGACGCCACAACAAAACUGAAGGUGUUAGAUGAAGGAAUGUCGUUCGCAAAUACAGAGAUAGAAAAUUUAAAGAAGAAAGUAAAGCUUCUGGAACAAACUAUCCAAGAAAAUACAGUAAACACCGAAAACAAAUUCAAGGGAAAGAUCGAGGCCUUAAGAAACGAGAAGUUGUAUAUGGAGGUGUAUCAAAGACGGGAAAACCUUCGCUUCUACGGCAUUGCUGAAUCUUUCCACCUCUCAGAAGAAAAUGUCAAAGAGGUGUUAAUUGGCUUUAUACAGAAGGAACUUAACAUCAGCGAGGCGGAUUCUUUUGAGUAUCAACGAGUGCACCGCAUUGGCAAGCGCGACCCAUCGCAAGAAAAACCAAGACCAAUAAUCGCACGUUUUUUGCGAUACUCCGACAGAGAGCGAGUCAUGUCAAGUGCAAGAAAGCUGAAAGGAACUGGUUUCGGAAUAUCGCCAGACCUUCCGAAAGAAAUUGUGGACCGCAGAAAGGAAUUAAUGCCUAAGUUCAAAAAAGCAAAAGAAGACGGAAAAUCGGCGUUCUUCAAAAGAUCAGAGCCGGACAAACUUUUUAUUGAGGGUAUACGAAUCUUCUAAUUUCUUUGGAACAUAAACUCUCUAUCUAGGUAUUCAUAACAUGUAAGCCUCAUUCACACUUGUUCUUAAAAAUGGAGCUGCAUGCGUGUCAUCUAGUUAGCGCAAUGCGUGCAAGACCUAUUCCAUUAGUAGCGCAAUUAACAGCUUUUAUCGCUGGCUACUGUUUUACAUACAUGUUCAAUUGUAGUUGUAGGUGUUAUAAAUGUUUUUCUUUUGUUUCUUUUUCCUUUUCAAUAUUAAUUAGUUUUACCUUUUUUUUGUUCAAGAGACAUGCAAAUUUUUUCAUUAGCUCAUCUACUAAAGAUUACUAUCUCAUUCUCUGCAACUGCUCGCCUUUUCACUUAAAUAUGUCCUU